AUGAGAGUGAAAAGAGCUUACGUUGUGGUCUUGAUUUUAUCCCUUCUAAUUGUGGAUGAAUCUUCCCCUUUUCUUCUUCCACCAGCUUCAGCUAAUGUACUGGCCAUUUUACCGUGGGGGUUAAGAAUAUUAUCCAGAACCCUAAAUUUUAGAAACAUUUCCAGAGCAUUAGCUAAACUGAGAUCAUUCUUGCGUUCCAAUGGUGGUCGUCAUCUUCGAAUAGGAGACUUCGUCGACGGCAUAUCAAAGAUUAAAGAUUAUUUUGACCUGUUCGGUUACCUGAAUUCCGCUUUGAAUUCAAACUCCACCGAUGAAUUCACCGCCGAUCUCGAAUGGGCAAUCAAAUACUUCCAGAAGACGUUCCACCUCAACGUCACCGGCCAACCCGACGAUGCCACUGUUUCAUUGAUCAAGCUGCCGCGAUACGCCCUUCCUGAUGUUAACAUCAAUGGCUCCUCCGCUGUGCUGAAGAAAGAGCUUACUUAUGCUUUUUCGCCUGAAAAUGAAACGGCGGCGUAG